AUGACUACUGUGCUCAUUGUCGGAUGCGGAGUGAUGGGAUUGUCCUCGGCCUUAGAAUUGGCCCAACAGGGCUACCAUGUGACAGCUAUCGAUGCAUAUCCAGUGCCGUCGCCUUGGUCUGCUGCCAACGACUACAACAAGAUCAUCAGAACGGAGUAUUCGGAGCUCAUGUAUACCAAAAUGUCUAUCGAAGCAUUGGAUUUGUGGCGCAGCUCGCCAAUGUUCAAGGAUACAUUCAAUGAGUGCGGACGAGUGAUGUUGACUCCCAAGUCGUAUAUUUCACGAAAGGAAUUCGAACAGGUUGGCAUAGACAAUUUAAAGAGAGUAGGUGUGGGUAAAAAGAUUGAGAUUUUCAGAGGAGGUGAAGAAUUGACCUCGAAGUUUCCUAUUUUCACUGGAAAUGUAGUUAAGAACGAUGAAGAAUUCAAAUGGAACCCAGAGUCGGGCUUGGCACAUGCUGCUAACUCCUUGAGAGCAGUUUACGCCAAUGCAAAACUGCUUGGAGUCAAAUUCUUCUUUGGUGAUGUUGGAAAUGCGGUGAGAAUCGAAACUGUUGACGGCAUCGACUCUGUUACUACAGUGGAUGGCACAAGGUAUAUGGCCGAUAAGAUCAUCGUGACUAUGGGGGCAUCAACUGGAUAUUUAGUGGACAUGAAAACACAACAAGCUGCCACAGGAUUGUUUGUCACGCACAUUCGUGUCAAUGAGAAGGAAUACUUCAAGUACAAAGAUAUGCCAGUUGUAUUUGAUUCUGACAUGGGCUACUUCUUUCCUCCAGAUCCCGAGACUCGAAUCUUAAAGUUAUGCUUACCGGGUUCCGGUGCAUCCAAUUAUGUUAAAGAUCCAUUUGAUAGAGGCGAGAAGAAGAGUUUGCCCCGGUAUAAAUUACAAAAUCCCAGAGAUACCAUUCCAUCAGAUGAGCCGGCUCGGGCCCUAGCACUCUUGAGAAAAUUUGCACCUGAGUUGGCAUACCAUAAGUUGUUUGACCAUAAGGUCUGCUGGAUUGCCGACACUUCGGAUUCUCAUUUUAUUGUUGACGAGGUUCCAGGAUACAACCAGUUGUACGUGGCAACGGGAGACAGUGGCCAUGCUUUCAAGUUUUUACCUAAUAUUGGAAAGUAUGUUCGCAAGAAGUUGGAAGGAACUCUCGACCCAGAAUUGAAUUAUUGCUGGAGAUGGAAGAGCGAUGCCACUGCUUUCAAUGCUACUAAUUGCACAUGGAGGGUUGUGGACAGAGAGCUCGACUUUUCCGAGAUUACGUUUUACGAUGAAGUUAAUCUGAAGUUUUGA